ACCCCGCCCCCCAAUCCUGAGGUGGGGCAUCCAAAGAAGCCAGAACACUAAUCUUCGAGUGCGCACCCAGCCCUUGGUCAAGGAAAGAUAUUUGUCGGGACAGAAGUAAGGACGCCUCUAGUCCCAGUUGCUCAGGAACAGUCCGCCCUCGACCCCCACUGGGCCCGCCCCUCGUGCCCCUCCCGGCCCCUGGCGCGACUGCCCCUUUAAGAAGCCCAGGUAGGCAGGCCCGGCUGCGGGAGUGGCUCCUAUGGCAACCCGCGAGCUGCGGCGGCUUCAUGAAUAUUCCGGGGCGCGGGAGCCCGAGCGCUGCCGGAGGGCGCUCUGGGGUGGGGGGUGGCGGCCGCUGAUGUAAACCCCGCGGGUCGCUAGGCUUUGCUCGGCUGCGGUGGGAACCCCGGGACUGCCCGACCGGGUUCCCCCAGAGGAGGCAAGCAAGCUCGCGGGCGGCCAGCCACAAAGUCCCGUCAGCAGGACAGACUGACAGCCGGCUGACUCGCAGGACACGCGCUCCGAGGUGCGCGGGCCGUGCGCUCUGCGCUCUGGAGCGGCUCCCGGAGCGCCGCGGCCACAGAGCCGCUCCUGCCCAGCGCUCAUUGUUCCCCGCGGGGGCGGGGCGCCUGGAGCCGGGCCGCGCGCCGCGCCCCUGAACGCGGGAGGGGGGAGCGCGGGGUCCCUGCGCCCAUCCUGGCCCAGGAGGGGGCGCAGCGCGGCGAGUCAGGGACCCGGAGCCGGACUGGGAGCCUCCCCGCCGCGCGCCGCCAGCCCGAGCAUGGGUGCUUGAAGCGGCCCCACACGGCGACGAAGGACGCGUCCCCGCCGGCGGACUGACGGGCAGGCGGACCUGGAGCUGGUCGGCGGUCCGGCACCCUCGCCCCGGUGCCAGAGCCGGCCCGGCCCCUGGAACUAUGGACAAGCUGCCGCCGUCCAUGCGCAAACGGCUCUACAGCCUCCCGCAGCAGGUGGGGGCCAAGGCGUGGAUCAUGGACGAGGAAGAGGACGCCGAGGAGGAAGUAGCUGGGGGCCGCCAGGACCCCAGCCGGAGGAGCAUCAGGCUGCGACCGCUGCCCUCGCCUUCGCCCUCGGCGGCCGCUAGCGGCACGGAGCCCCGGGGCGCGGCCCUCGGGGCGGCGGACUGCGAGGGGCCCGCCCGGGGCGCGGGCAAGUCCAGCACGAACGGAGACUGCAGGCGCUUCCGCGGGAGCCUGGCCUCGCUGGGUAGCCGGGGCGGCGGCAGCACUGGAGCGGGAGGCGGCAGCGGCCACGGGCACCGGCGUGACUCCGCGGAGGAGCGGCGGCUCAUAGCCGAAGGCGAUGCGUCCCCCGGCGAGGACAGGACGCCCCCGGGCCUGGCAGCUGAACCCGAGCGCCCUGGAGCCUCAGCGCAGCCCGCAGCCUCGCCGCCGCCGCCCCAGCCAUCGCCGCAGCCGGCCUCCGCCACCUGCGAGCAGCCCUCAGCGGACACAGCUAUCAAAGUGGAAGGAGGCGCGGCUGCGGGCGACCAGAUCCUCCCCGAGGCAGAGGUCCGCCUGGGCCAAGCCGGCUUUAUGCAGCGCCAGUUUGGGGCCAUGCUUCAGCCAGGAGUCAACAAAUUCUCUUUGAGGAUGUUUGGCAGCCAGAAAGCCGUGGAGCGGGAGCAGGAGAGGGUUAAAUCAGCAGGAUUUUGGAUUAUCCACCCCUACAGCGACUUCAGAUUUUACUGGGACUUGACCAUGCUGCUCCUGAUGGUGGGAAACCUGAUCAUCAUUCCUGUGGGCAUCACCUUCUUCAAGGAUGAAAACACCACACCCUGGAUUGUCUUCAAUGUGGUGUCAGACACGUUCUUCCUCAUCGACUUGGUCCUCAACUUCCGCACAGGGAUUGUGGUGGAGGACAACACAGAGAUCAUCCUAGACCCACAGCGGAUUAAGAUGAAGUACCUCAAAAGCUGGUUUGUGGUGGAUUUCAUCUCCUCCAUUCCCGUGGACUACAUCUUCCUCAUUGUGGAGACACGCAUUGAUUCCGAGGUCUACAAGACUGCCCGGGCUCUGCGCAUUGUCCGCUUCACCAAGAUCCUCAGUCUCCUGCGUCUCUUACGUCUCUCCCGACUCAUUCGCUAUAUUCACCAGUGGGAGGAGAUCUUCCACAUGACCUAUGACUUGGCCAGCGCCGUGGUGCGCAUCGUGAACCUCAUUGGGAUGAUGCUUCUGUUGUGCCAUUGGGAUGGCUGUCUGCAGUUCCUGGUGCCCAUGCUGCAGGACUUCCCUGACGACUGCUGGGUGUCCAUCAACAACAUGGUGAACAACUCCUGGGGAAAGCAGUACUCCUACGCCCUCUUCAAGGCCAUGAGUCACAUGCUGUGCAUCGGCUAUGGGCGGCAGGCACCCGUGGGCAUGUCAGACGUCUGGCUCACCAUGCUGAGCAUGAUUGUGGGGGCCACCUGCUACGCCAUGUUCAUCGGCCAUGCCACUGCCCUCAUCCAGUCCCUGGACUCCUCCAGGCGCCAGUACCAGGAAAAGUACAAGCAGGUGGAGCAGUACAUGUCCUUCCACAAGCUGCCCCCCGACACACGGCAGCGCAUUCAUGACUACUAUGAACACCGGUACCAGGGCAAGAUGUUUGAUGAGGAGAGUAUCCUGGGCGAGCUGAGUGAACCGCUGCGUGAGGAGAUCAUCAACUUCAACUGUCGGAAGCUGGUGGCCUCCAUGCCGCUGUUUGCCAACGCAGACCCCAACUUUGUGACAUCCAUGCUUACCAAGCUGCACUUUGAAGUCUUCCAGCCAGGGGACUACAUCAUCCGUGAGGGUACCAUAGGCAAGAAAAUGUACUUCAUUCAGCAUGGCGUUGUCAGCGUGCUCACUAAGGGCAACAAAGAGACCAAGCUGGCAGACGGCUCCUAUUUUGGAGAGAUCUGCCUGCUGACCCGGGGCCGGCGGACGGCCAGCGUAAGGGCGGACACCUACUGCCGUCUGUACUCGCUGAGCGUGGACAACUUCAAUGAGGUGCUGGAGGAGUACCCCAUGAUGCGGCGGGCCUUCGAAACCGUGGCGCUGGACCGCCUGGAUCGUAUCGGCAAGAAAAACUCCAUCCUCCUCCACAAAGUCCAGCACGACCUCAACUCGGGCGUCUUCAACUACCAAGAGAACGAGAUCAUCCAGCAGAUAGUGCAGCACGACCGCGAGAUGGCCCACUGCGCGCACCGUGUUCAGGCAGCGGCCGCGGCCACGCCUACCCCCACCCCGCUCAUCUGGACUCCGCUGAUCCAGGCUCCGCUGCAGGCCGCCGCUGCCACCACCUCGGUAGCCAUCGCCCUCACCCACCACCCACGCCUGCCCGCGGCCAUCUUCCGCCCGCCCCCAGGACCUGGGCUGGGCAACCUCGGGGCGGGCCAGACGCCCAGACAUUUGAAACGGCUGCAGUCGCUGAUCCCUUCUGCGCUGGGCUCAGCAUCCCCCGCCAGCAGCCCAUCUCAAGUGGACACGCCUUCAUCGUCUUCCUUCCACAUCCAGCAGCUGGCCGGCUUCGCCGCCCCCGCCGGACUGAGCCCCCUCUUGCCCUCCUCCAGCUCUUCCCCACCGCCGGCCCCCACGCCUUCGGCCCCAAUGACUGCCGCCCCUGCAGCUGGAUUUGGUCACUUCCACAAGGCGUUGGGCAGCUCCCUGUCCUCCUCCGAUUCGCCACUGCUCACUCCGCUGCAGCCUGGUGCCCGCUCCCCACAAGCUGCCCAGCCACCGCUGCCGGGGGCCCGAGGAGGCCUGGGACUCCUGGAGCAUUUCUUGCCGCCGCCUCCCUCGUCCAGAUCCCCAUCAUCCAGUCCUGGGCAGUUGGGCCAGCCGCCCGGGGAGUUGUCCCCAGGUCUGGCUGCUGGCCCACCGAGUACACCAGAGACGCCCCCGCGGCAGCCUGAGCGGCCAUCCUGCAUGGCAGGAGCCUCUGGGGGGGCCUCCCCUGUAGGCUUCCCCCCACGUGGAGGCCUUAGCCCUCCUGGCCACAGCCCAGGCCCCCCAAGAACUUUCCCAAGUGCCCCACCCCUGGCCUCUGGCUCCCACGGGUCCUUGCUCCUGCCGCCUGCAUCCAGCCCCCCUCCUCCCCAGGUGCCCCAGCGCCGGGGUACCCCUCCCCUCACCCCAGGCCGCCUCACCAAGGACCUGAAGCUGAUUUCAGCCUCUCAGCCAGCCCUCCCCCAGGAUGGGGCUCAGACUCUACGCAGGGCCUCCCCACACUCCUCGGGGGAGUCCGUGGCCGCCUUCCCCCUGCUCCCCAGGGCUGGGGGCGGCAGUGGGGGCGGCGGGAGCAGCGGGGGCCUUGGUCCCCCCGGAAGGCCCUAUGGUGCUGCCCCCGGCCAGCACGUCACUCUGCCCCGGAAGACAUCCUCAGGUUCUCUGCCACCCCCACCGUCUUUGUUUGGGGCCAGAGCCAGCUCUUCUGGGGGUCCACCUCUGACUGCUGUACCCCAAAGGGAAGCUGGGGCCAAGCCUGAGCCAGUGCGCUCCAAACUGCCGUCCAAUCUAUGAACUGGGCCCUCCCUCCUCCCUCUUUUUUUUUUCUCCCCUCUUUCUUCCUUCAGGUUUAACUGUGAUUAGGAGAUAUACCAAUAACAAUAAUAAUUAUCAUAAAAAAACAAAACCCACUCCAGGAAAAAAAAAAGGAGCAGAAA